AUGGAGGCAGGAUCACGGAGACAGAAGGCACCGCUUUGGCCUCCAUUCAAGCAUGGCGCAUAUCACAACCUCUCUUCCACAGAGGAUCUGCCUCUUCAGGAUACACCUCACUUGAGCACUCCGGGGACUGGCAUGUCUGCUGUGCAACGAACACUACUGACACCCAAGCUUUCACCUUCUCCAUACAACACCCCCGGGCUCGACUCGAACCAGAGCACACCGCUCGUUGGAGCGUCGCCGGAAUCGUUGAGAUAUGACUCGGAAAGACCGAGGAAGAAGUGGUUUGGCUAUGGAUGGAGAGGCGGAGCCAGAAUUGCAUUCGUCAGCACUGUUGUCGUCCUCAUGGUCAACAUAGUGCUGAUGGUAUAUUUGACUGUCAACUACCCAAGAAUGGACGGGUUUCCAGUCAUAUAUCGAGGCACGUGCGAGAAUGCGGAACGACAGAAUACCUACUGGCAUUUUGCAAUCAAUGUUCUGUCAACUGGUCUCUUAGGUGCCAGCAACUAUUGCAUGCAGCUUCUGUGCGCACCCACCCGAGCUCAACUUGAUCGCGCUCAUGCUGGCGGAAACUGGCUCGACAUCGGUAUUCCCAGUAUUCGAAAUCUACGCUUCAUCAACUGGAAGCGAAGAGGGUUCUGGUUGGCUCUAUGCUUGUCCUCGAUUCCCUUGCAUCUCGUCUACAACUCCACGUUCUACGCUGCCAUCGCGACCAACGACUACAAUGUACUCUAUGCGACUGAGGACUUUGUGAAUGGUGGAACAUAUGACAAAGUUCAGUUUCCCGAUUCUGCUGCGCAAAACAUUUCGGAAUUUCAAUUACUUGCACCCUUGUGGAAACCUUUGAACAACUCCGGCUGUAUUCAGGAGUAUGCUCACGACUUUGUUACGCGCUAUCGGAACGUUAUUCUUAUCUUGUCGAACGUUUCCACCGAAGCUGACAAUUCCCUUCUUCAGAUUGCAAUCAACGAGCUGCCUCCUCGAGGACACCUAGAUAAGACUUACGACUCUUUUGCGUGGAUCUGUAACGAUACCGAGACAAGCAACAAGACCGGGGUCACAGACAGGAACUCGGUAGGGUUUGUGCCGUGCGCAGCUCAAGCCCCUGCACUGGAAGACAUGGCCAAUACAUGGUGGAAAAGUGGAGGUUACCACAUCUCACGAUGUGUCGCCGAGGAAAUCAAUCCUCCGGACUGUCAUCUGCAUUUCGCACCUCAUCUGAUGGGUCCCGUGAUCCUCAUGAACUUGGUGAAGUGUAUAGUGGCCUUUUAUGUGGCUUUUCGUAUGGCUGACAAGCCGCUUGUCACACUUGGCGAUGCGAUUGAAUCGUUCAUCAAGUACCCCGAUCCCGCCACACAGGGUAUGUGUUUGCUGACAGCAAAGCAAGCGGAGAAGACGUUCAGCAAGAACGCAUACAAUCUUGAGCCUGCUCCACAACAGUACCGUCCUCAUAGACAUCGAUGGUACCAAGCUGCCACUAAACGACAGUGGUUACUGAUUUGCGGCUUGAUGGCCUUCAUGAUAGUCGGUUUGCUGCUUGGUAUCGUCUUCGGUACUCGUGAACUGGCACCGCCAACACUUGCUAACGCCUGGUCAAUCGGACUAGGCGAGGUACAGACACAGAAUCUCGUGCUAGGGGCAAACCUCCCACAGCUCGGCGCGUCGGCCGUACUUAUUACGGCCUUGAUUGCCAACGCUCCACAGGCGAUGCUGUCGUUCUUGUAUAUGGUGUACAACACAAUCUACACACUCAUGUAUGUGGGCGAAGAUUGGGACAUGUUUGGCGCUUACACAGCAACGACAAGGCAGAACUUCCGAAUACACUCGAAGAAGGAAACACACAGAUAUCUGCGAGUGUCGGAACCGAAAGGGCAGCAAAAAUCUACUCACAAGCUGACUCUGCCUUUACGAUUUGCGAUACCCUUGCUUUGUGCUAGUGGGCUACUACAUUGGCUGAUGUCGCAAAGUCUAUACCUUGCCAAUAUUUCUGUCAUACCUCGUGAUGGUACACUGCCAAAACAGGAUGAAAUCACGACGAUUGCGUUUGCGCCACGAGCCAUGAUCCUGCUGAUAGCGUUGGCAGUGGGAAUGAUAGUAGUUAUUGUGGCCACCGGGCUGCGGCGCUUUAAUGGCGAGAUACCUAUUGUGGCGUCAAAUUCUGCUGCCAUCUCAGCAGCGUGUCACGUAGAUGAUUCGCUGAGUGAGCAUCGUAGACGGGAAAUGGUGUUACGGAAGGUCGCUUGGGGCGUGCUGUCAGUGAGUAGUAACAGUGGGCAUGCCGCACAGCUGCAUGAACCAGAAGGACUAGGCAUCGAGCCAAGACAGGGAAGAAAGAUAGGGGAUACUCAUGUAUAUUCAACCAGCGACUUCAGUCAUACUCUGGAUCACGAUGAUGGUCUGGGAGAUGAAGAAGGCUACCAAGCGUUACGAGGUCGGGCGGAGUUGGUAGACGAAAGAGGACUUGGUAAAAGUAGUGGUUUGGAUAUUGGCCACUGCAGUUUCAGCGACGAGUUCGUGUUCAAACUUGAGCCUGGAAAGCUCUAUGCUUGA